AUGGAGAUUCCAAAUUAUGAUUUCAAUGAAGAUGAAAAUACAAACUUCAAACAGCUGUACAAUUUCAUGCCCAAAUCCAAUUUUAGGAUGCUAAUAUGCGGCAAUUCAGGGUCAGGCAAAACAAACUUGCUUUAUCACAUCCUUAUGAAACCAUUAGUCUACUAUGACCAGAUCCAUUUGUAUGGCAAAAACCUUGAACAGGAAAAGUAUCGACACAUGAUAGAAACGAAGAAUAAUAUUAGUAGCCAGGUUGGAUAUGACGUAAUGCAUUGCAAUAAUGAUGACAUUAACCCUGUCAAUAGUCUGGAGAGCGAUGCCCAGAAAAUUGUAACAUUUGACGACUUCAUUUGUGAUAAAAUCAAAAGCCGCUUAUCGAUUAUUUCAUUCAAGGCCGUCAUAAGAACUGUACUGUUAUUUACCUGUCACAAUCAUUUUAUCAAACACCAAAAGAUAUCAGAUUGA